AUGGCACCUGGAAUUGAAGAAGAGGGUGUUGAGACACUUUCAAUGAAUGGCAACAACAAAAUGCAAGUCAAAAACUUCAUUUGGUCUGAGGAAGAAUGGCCUACAUUAAAGCAUGACGAUUUCGGAGAUGUAGACGACGAUAUUCCAGUGAUUAGUCUUAACAAUGGUAUUUGGGAAAAUCAAGAAUUUUACGAAAAUAUCUGUCAAGUUUUGGUGAAAGCAAGUGAAAAAUGGGGAUUUUUUAAGCUUGUGAAUCAUGGGGUGCCUAAUGAAAUUGUUGAAAAUUAUACCACUCGAUUGCACGAGCUCUUUGAUCUUCCUAUGGAACAAAAACUCAAAGGUGGGAAAACAUCAAAUUUGCCAUUGGGUUAUUAUGCCUCAAAUCCUGAGUAUGGGCAAAACUUGCCUUGGGCUGAAGUGUUACAACUGCUGGUCACCAGAAAUGGUUGUCGAAUUCGCGAAAAAGAGUACAUGAAAGAAAUGGACAAGCUAGGAAUUAUUAUAUUUGGGAUGUUGGCACAUGGAUUAGGCCUUGAAGAUGACUUCUUCAGCAAAAACUUUGAAGAAAAAGAAGCUACUUAUUUUAGGAUAAACAGAUAUCCUCCUUGUCCCCUCCCAGAGAAAAUUGUAGGGAUAGGGAUUCAUUCAGAUCCCCAAACAUUAACCAUAUUGCACCAAGAUCAAAUUGGUGGGCUUCAAAUCCUUAAGGAUGACAAACAAUGGGUUGGUGUUAGACCUCUUGCAAAUUCAUUUAUCAUCAAUAUUGGCACAUCAAUUGGCUAUCGCUCAAUUGCAGAGCCAUUCGGGGAUCCCCAGCAUAGUAGCACCGGAAACGGCUCCCUGCACCGAACAAGUACCCAAAAGAUCAAGCGACAACGGACCGAUAAUAGACUCCGCCACAACGAAGCCGCUGGAGGAUCACUCCAAGUGAAUCGAGUCAGGUUCAUGGAGGUUCGUGCAACAGUUAUCUCCCAGGGAAGCGGUCCCAGAACCCGCUUCACGAAAAUUCAGAACGUCGGAACUCCCUAG